CAAAUUCCCUGUCAGACAACUUUCUACACUUUAUCCAAGUCGAUCAUCAUAAAAAUGAGCUCUUUUGGAAAGCGCAAGCCACGCAUUAUCCAGACCUUUGACGAUGAGGAUGGCGACCUUCCUACGGUGCUUGGAGGAGAGGAGCCGAAGAACGAACAACCAGUACCACAAGGACCGAUCAAGUUUGGGCGCAGCAAGCCUACCAAAUCUUCGUCACUACGAAGAACGAUCAAGAUCAACGACGGUAACGAUAAUCCACAAGAAACCAGCGGCGACGCAAUCCAACCUACGUCAACCAGCACAAGUACGGCGCCCGAGGUAACAGAAGCCGAGGAGGACACUGGUGUGCCGCUCGUAGUACGGCCCGGUUUCGGCCGCUCAGUCUCCAGCAAGAAGAAGCGCAUCUCAAAACUAUCAUUCGGAGCCAGCGAAGGCGACACGGAAGACGGCGGCAAUGAUACGACAACAACUGCCAGCAGCGACGUGGUCAGCGCCCCAAGCAAGAAGUCGCUGAGCCAACGAGUUGCCGAGAAGAACGCGCUUCGCAAGUCCGCCCUGACCGCACGAUUCGGCACAUUUGGCGCCGACGAAGAGAAGCCUCGGUACAGCAAAGAAUACCUUGAAGAACUACAAAGCUCCACGCCAGCCACACCACAGAAUCUCGCCUCGCUAAGCAUCAUUGACGACGAUGACGAUGACAGCCUCAAAGCCCACAGCGCACCGUUGCCGGAGGCGUCUGCCGCGCCCGGAACAACGGGCGACGCCAUGGACCUCGACCCCUCCGAGCUUGACGGCGCCAUGAUUGUUCAAUCCCGCGACAUGCCCCUAGCGCUCACCGGCGAUGCCCCCGCAGCAGCAGCAGCCCAUGUCCUCACCGAAGCCGAGAUCCGCGAGCGCAAAGAGCGGCGCGCGCGCCUUGCCAAGGAACACGAUUUCAUCGCACUCGACGAUAGUGACCGCUCCGACAACGACGACCGAAAACGCAUCACAUUGGGUAUCAACAAAAAGGCCAAGAAAUCCGAAUCGCGCCUCAUAGCCGAAGACGAAGACCUGGGCGAAGGCUACGAUGAGUUCGUGACUGACGGCUCGCUUGCGCUGGGCCGCAAAGCCGAGCGCGAAGCCGCUAAGCGGCACCGCCAGGAGAUGGCGGAGAUGAUCCAGGCCGCGGAGGCCGGUUCUGAUGCCGAGAGCGACGACAGCGAGGCGGAGCGGCGGGCUGCGUACGAGGCCGCGCAGCGGCGGGCGGGUAUGGACGGGCUGCACAAACCGGAAGACGACUUGAUGGAGACAGACGAAGAAGGAGGAGGAGGAGGAGGGGUAGGGGGAGUGAACCAAAUUCCCAAGAUGAAACCGCUUCCGGAGCUGGGGGAGGUGUUGGCGCGCAUGAAGGGUCUGGUACAGGGGUUGGAAGAUGAGGUGAGCAGACGAAAGGCGAGGAUAGAGAGUCUGGAGAGGGAGAAGGAGGAGAUAUUGACCAGGGAGACAGAAGUGCAGGAGAUAUUGAACCAGGCGGGAGCCAAGUAUCAAGCUGUCAUGGGCGGUGCUGAUGCUGCCGGUGCUACUGCUGCUGGUGCUGCAGCGACGGCCGUGACAAGUGCCGUUGCUGCUUCGGGGGCGCCUACGUCUGGUGAUGCGUUGAAGUUUGUCACGCAGUCGCCUUUGAGACCAUUGCCGCCUGGGUUUGCAGCGGAUCUAGCUGCGACUUCUAAGGAGAGAGGGUUGGAAAGCUUUGGGACGCCAACGCAAGAAAAGGGGCCUGGUGAUAUUGACACUGAGAUGGCGAUGUAAUGGGUACAAUGAGCUUAGA